CACAGCUGUAGCUCUGUCUCUGAUAGAUGCCGCUGAGAGGAGACGGAGGGAGCGGAGAAGUUUACCGACACUGAGCAAGCUGCAGCAUCAUUCAGACGUGGAGACGAGCGGACGUCAGACAUGUCUGUGAGGACUCAGCUGGGCCUGCUGCUGUGGAAGAACCUGACCUACAGACGCCGGCAGACCCUCCAGCUGCUGGUGGAGAUCGUCUGGCCGCUCUUCAUCUUCUUCAUCCUCAUCGCUGUCAGACUGAACUAUCCUCCAUAUGAGCAGCAUGAAUGUCACUUCCCUAACAAAGCCAUGCCAUCAGCAGGCACGUUACCAUGGAUACAGGGGAUCCUCUGUAACGCCAACAACCCGUGUUUCAGGAACCCAACACCAGGAGAGUCGCCGGGUGUCGUCGGCAACUUCAACGACUCCAUAAUUUCCCGCCUGUUUUCAGAUGCUAAGAAGAUUCUUCUGUACAGUCAGAAUGAUAAAAACCUGGAGGGGUUCAAGGAGCUUUCUCAGGCCCUACAGGUGAUGCAGAAAAGCCAAUCAGGGUUUAAGCUGAAGCACUUCCUGCGUGAUGAUGAGACUCUGUCAACGUUCCUACGCAGGAACGCCUCACUCUCUGAGCAAGAUGUGAAGCAGAUCACAAACGCCGACGUCAACCUGGAGAAGGUGCUCCUCAAAGGUUUUGGCAUUCAUCUGAGGAACAUGUGUCCCAGGAGAGGGAGUGGGCGGAGCUUACAGGACUUUGUUAAUAUCUCAGACCCUCACGUGUCCACGCUGGUACAGGAAAUCCUCUGUCAGGCCCCGCCCACCUGGUUAAACCAGGCCGAGGAGCUGUUCAUGAGCAACCUGGACUUCCUGAAACCCAUCCAGAGGGACGUGACGUCUGACCCUGAGGCCGUGCAACAGGUCGCCAAGGCAACAAACAACCUCCUGGACAGUCUGGGUUCACUGGCUGUGGAGUUGGCGGGAAUGAAGAGCUGGAUUGACCUGAGGAACGAGAUCGUGUUCCUGACCCGGAAUGCCACGUCAUCCCCCAGCACCAUGUACCAGGCUGUGUCUAGGAUCGUGUGCGGUCACCCGGAGGGGGGCGGUCUGCAGAUCAAGUCUCUAAACUGGUACGAGGACAGCAACUACAAGGCUCUGUUUGGAAACCACAACAGCAGCGAGGACGAGCCAGCGGCGCUCUACGACAACUCUACCACUCCGUUCUGUAACAGCCUGGUCAGGAGCAUGGACUCUAACCCCAUGUCUCGGAUGAUCUGGACUGCUGUCAAGCCUCUGCUGCUGGGGAAGAUCCUGUACACGCCGCACACACCCGCCACCGCCAAGGUUAUACACGAGGUGAAUCGGACAUUCCAGGAGCUUGGUGUGUUCAGGGACCUUGGUGGGAUGUGGGAGGAGAUGAGACCAAAAGUCUGGGACUUCAUGGAGAACAGCGAGCAGAUGGAUCUGAUCCGGACUCUCCUCAAGAACAACGUCACCGCAGGGUUCUUUCACGCUCAGCUGUCCGGCACUGACUACACCGUCGCUGACAUUUCCAACUUCCUGACUAAGAAGGCAGAGGAUCGCCGGCCAGAGGGCGGUGCCGUCACCUGGAGGGAAGUGUUCAACGAGACAGACCAGGCCAUCAUGAGCAUCUCCCGCUUCAUGGAGUGUGUAAACCUGGACAAACUUGAGCCUGUCUCCACUGAGGAGCGUCUCAUCAAUCAGUCCAUGCUGCUGCUGGAUGACAGGAAGUUCUGGGCGGGGAUCGUCUUCCCCGACGUCGAUCCGAAUGCCACCGAGCUCCCCGCCAAACUCAACUACAAGAUCCGCAUGGACAUCGACAACGUGGAGCGGACCAACAAAAUCAAAGACGCGUACUGGGACCCCGGUCCUCGGGCCGACCCCUUUGAGGACAUGCGGUACAUCUGGGGCGGGUUCACGUACCUGCAGGACGUCAUUGAGCAGGGCAUCAUCCGGGCAGUGACGGGCACCAAGGAGAAGACAGGGGUGUACAUCCAGCAGAUGCCGUACCCGUGCUACGUGGACGACAUAUUCCUGCGAGUUAUGAGCCGCUCCAUGCCGCUCUUCAUGACUCUGGCGUGGAUGUACUCGGUGGCGAUUAUCCUGAAGAGCGUGGUGUACGAGAAGGAGGCUCGUCUGAAGGAGACGAUGAGGAUCAUGGGUUUGAAUAACGGCAUCCUGUGGUUCAGUUGGUUCAUCAGCAGCCUCAUCCCUCUGCUGAUCAGCGCCGGGCUGCUGGUGCUGCUGCUCAAGCAAGGGAACCUUCUGCCCUACAGUGACCCUGGCGUGGUCUUCCUCUUCCUCGGUUCCUUCGCUGUGGUCACCAUCAUGCAGUGUUUCCUGCUCAGUACAGCGUUUGCUCGUGCUAACCUAGCAGCGGCAUGCGGCGGUAUCAUCUACUUCACGCUGUAUCUACCCUACGUUCUGUGUGUGGCGUGGCAGGACUACAUCGGCUUUGGUGCCAAAGUUUUCGCUAGCUUCCUGUCUCCCGUGGCGUUCGGGUUCGGCUGUGAGUACUUUGCUCUGUUUGAGGAACAGGGUGUGGGUAUCCAGUGGAAGAACCUGGUGUCCAGUCCUCUGGAGGAGGAUGACUUCAGCCUUCGCAGUGCCAUUAUCAUGAUGUACGUCGACUCCUUCCUCUACGGCGUGCUCACCUGGUACCUGGAGGCCGUGUUUCCAGGUCAGUACGGUAUCCCCCGGCCCUGGUUUUUCCCCUUCACUAUGUCGUACUGGUUCGGAGAGAAGGAUGGGAAGUCCACUAAAGUCCCUCUGAGCCGCAGAGGAAAUGUUGGAGCGGUGUGUAUGGAGGAGGAACCGGCUCACCUGGAGCCCGGCGUUUACAUCGAGAACCUGGUAAAGGUUUACCGACACGGGAAGAAGCUGGCGGUGGACGGACUGACGCUUGGAUUCUAUGAGGGACAGAUCACGUCUUUUCUGGGACACAACGGCGCCGGGAAGACCACAACCAUGUCGAUCCUCACCGGUCUGUUCCCGCCCACCUCAGGUACCGCCUACAUCCUGGGCAGAGACAUCCGGUCAGAGCUGAGCGCCAUCAGACAGAGUCUGGGAGUUUGUCCUCAACACAACGUCCUCUUCAGCAUGCUGACAGUGGAGGAGCAUAUCUGGUUCUACGGCCGUCUCAAAGGUCUAUCAGAGGAGCAGGUCAAAGGUGAGAUCGAGCAGAUCCUUCAGGACACCGGGCUGCCGCACAAACGCCGGUCCAGGACGAGCGCUCUGUCAGGGGGGAUGCAGAGGAAGCUGUCAGUGGCUCUAGCCUUCGUUGGAGGGUCUAAGGUCGUCAUUCUGGAUGAGCCAACGGCCGGCGUGGACCCGUACGCCCGCAGGGGGAUCUGGGAUCUUCUACUCCAAUACAGACAAGGCCGCACCAUCAUCCUGUCCACACACCACAUGGACGAGGCCGACAUCUUAGGAGACCGCAUUGCCAUCAUCUCUCAUGGGAAACUGUGCUGCGUAGGCUCCUCCCUCUUCCUGAAGAACCAGCUGGGGACAGGGUACUACCUGACCCUCGUUAAGAAAGAACCGGAACCCUCUGUUAGCUCCUGCAGGAACUCAUCCAGCACAGUGUCCAUCAACAAGGAAGAAGAGUGUGGGUCUGUUAGCAGCAGCGACGCCGGCCUUGGUAGUGAACACGAGAGUGAGGCAGCGACCAUCGAGAACGGCCCUGCAGCUUCCGUCUGUGACGUCCCUCUUGUACCCCCUGAUGUGUCCCUGGUCUCUAAUGUGAUCCUGAGUCACGUCCCCGCCGCCCGCUUGGUUGAGGACCUGGGACAUGAGCUGACCUAUGUGCUGCCAUACAGCGCUGCCAAAGAUGGUGCCUUCGUUGAACUGUUUAAAGACCUGGACCUGAAGCUGCCUGACCUCGGCAUCUCCAGCUACGGCGUUUCCGACACCACACUUGAGGAGAUUUUCCUGAAAGUUGCCGAGGAUAACGGCGUGGACACUGACGUUCCCUCAGAUGGUACACUUCCUGUGCGGAGGCGGAGGAGGACUCACGCCUUCGGGGGCGGAGACCAUCAGAGCUGCCUGAGACCGUUAACGGAGGACGACAACAACGAGUGCAACGAGUCUGACGGAGACCCCGACUGCAGGGAGACGGACUGGCUGAAGGUGACUGAAGGCAAAGGCUCGUACCAGGUGAAGGGGUGGAGCCUGAGGAGGCAGCAGUUUGUGGCUCUGAUGUGGAAACGCUUCCUGUACGCCCGCCGCUCCAGGAAGGGCUUCUUCGCCCAGAUCGUUCUGCCUGCCGUGUUUGUGUGCAUCGCUCUUGUCUUCAGUCUCAUCGUCCCCCCAUUUGGAAAAUACCCGAGUCUGGAGCUGCAGCCCUGGAUGUAUGAGGACCAGGUCACCUUCAUCAGUGACGACGCCCCCACAGAUGCUAACAUGCAGAGACUGUUGAGCGCUCUCCUCGACCCUCCAGGCUUUGGCACUCGCUGCAUGGAAGGACACCCUAUCCCAGAGGCCCCCUGUACCAUGGGUGAUGAGGACUGGAUCUUUCCGGAGGUUCCUGAAAGUGUCCAGCAGCUGUUCAGCUCCACAAACUGGACCAUGGACAACCCGUCUCCGGCGUGUUUCUGCAGUUGUGAGGGAAAAAAGAAGAUGCUGCCAGAGUGCCCCGCCGGCGCCGGAGGACUGCCGCCACCGGAGAUGAAGAUGAGCGCCUCAGACACGCUACAGAACCUGACAGGUAGAAACAUUUCAGACUACCUGGUGAAAACGUACGCUCAGAUCAUCGGCAAGAGUCUGAAGAAUAAAGUCUGGGUGAACGAGUUCAGGUAUGGAGGCUUGUCAUUGGGUGCCCGUAGCACUCAGGUCCUCCCACCGGCCAAAGAGAUUGACGACGCCAUCGCAAGAGUGAGGAAGAUCUUCGAGCUCAAAAAGGGAGCAGCUGCUGAUCGGUUCCUUGAUAAUCUCUCAGGUUUUAUCAACGGUUUGGACACGAAGAACAACGUGAAGAUCUGGUUCAAUAACAAAGGCUGGCACAGCAUCGGCGCGUUCGUCAAUGUCAUGAACAACGCCAUCCUCAGAGCUAACCUGCCUCCAGGUAAAGACCCGAGCAGCUACGGGAUCUCGGCCUUCAACCACCCGCUGAACUUGACCAAGGAGCAGCUGUCGCAGGUCGCCCUGGUAACUACCUCCGUGGACGUCCUGGUGUCAAUCUGUGUGAUCUUCGCCAUGUCAUUCGUCCCCGCCAGCUUCGUGGUCUUCCUGAUCCAGGAGCGUGUCAGUAAGACCAAACACAUGCACUUCAUCAGCGGGGUACAACCACUGCUCUACUGGACUGCUAGCUUCAUCUGGGACAUGUGUAACUACAUCGUCCCGGCAACACUGGUUAUCCUCAUCUUCAUCUGUUUCCAACAAAAAGCCUAUGUGUCCUCCACCAACCUGCCAGCGCUCGCCCUGCUGCUGCUGCUCUAUGGCUGGUCGAUCACCCCUCUGAUGUACCCCGCCUCCUUUUUCUUCACCAUCCCGAGCACGGCAUACGUGGUCCUCACCAGCGUCAACAUUCUCAUCGGCAUCAACGGCAGCAUCUCUACCUUCGUCAUGGAGCUGUUUGGGAACAACGAGAUCGGCGGGAUCAAUGACAUCCUGAAGAAUGUCCUGCUCAUCUUCCCUCACUUCUGUCUGGGCCGAGGUCUCAUCGACAUGGUGAAGAACCAGGCAAUGGCAGAUGCCCUUGAGAGAUUCGGUGAGAACAGGUUACGCUCACCGCUGGAGUGGGACAUGGUGGGAAAGAACCUGUUUGCCAUGGCGGUGGAGGGCGUGGUCUUCUUCAUCAUCACACUCCUCAUCCAGUACCGCUUCUGCAUCAAACCCAGGCCGGUCAGCAAACUCACCAAACUUCCUCCUCUGGGAGAAGAAGACGAGGACGUCGCCAGAGAGAGGCAGAGGAUUGUCCACGGGCUCGGACAUGGAGACAUCCUGGAGCUCCGACAGCUCACCAAGGUGUUUAAGAGGAAGCAGAAACCUGCCGUGGAUCGACUGUGUGUGGGGAUCCCACCUGGAGAGUGUUUCGGGCUGCUCGGUGUGAACGGGGCAGGGAAGACAACCACCUUUAAGAUGCUGACGGGUGACACGCUGGUGACGAGCGGCGAGGCAUUCCUGUCGGGGAAAAGCAUCCUGAGAGAGAUCGACGAGGUUCACCAGAACAUGGGCUACUGUCCUCAGUUUGACUCCAUCAAUGACCUGCUGACCGGUAGAGAACACCUGGAGCUGUACGCCAUACUGAGAGGAGUCCCUGAGAAGGAAGUGUGUGACGUGGCUGAGUGGGGGAUCAGGAAGUUGGGUCUGGUGAAGUACGCCGAUAAGAAAGCAGGAAGUUACAGUGGCGGAAACCUCAGGAAGCUUUCUACAGCCAUGGCUCUGAUUGGAGCGCCCCCGGUCGUCUUCCUGGACGAGCCCACUACAGGAAUGGACCCCAAAGCUCGCCGCGCCCUCUGGAACUGCAUCCACAGCGUCAUCAAGGAGGGACGCUCCGUCGUGCUCACCUCACACAGCAUGGAGGAAUGUGAGGCUCUGUGCACCAGGAUGGCCAUCAUGGUGAACGGCAGGUUCAGGUGUCUGGGCAGCGUCCAACACCUGAAGAACAGGUUUGGUGAUGGGUACACCAUCAUCCUGAGGGUAGCAGGGCCUGACCCUGACCUGCUCCCCGUCAUGAAGUUCAUUGAGAGCGAGCUGAGCGGCAGCACUCUGAAGGAGAAACACCGUAACAUGCUACAGUACCAGCUGCCGUCCUCCCUCACCUCGCUCACCCACAUCUUCUCCAUCCUCGCCAAGAACAAGGAGAUGCUCCGCAUCGAGGACUACUCGGUCACUCAGACCACACUGGACCAGGUGUUUGUAAACUUUGCCAAGGACCAGAGCGAUGACUACCACUCCAAAGAUGCCUCGGUCAGAAGGAAGGACAUCUCAAUCAAUAUCCCCACGCUGAGCUCCUCUCCUGGAGCGGCAGAGGGGCGGAGCUCUCUGAGGGAAAGCGUCAUGUGAUCAUGUGAUUGUGUGACCUUGUUAAGGUGGACUUGACACCAGCAGAGCUGAAGCCCUGCCUUCCCGCUGUGAUGUCAUAGUGAUUUUAAACUGUGGGCAGAGUCACCUGCUGCCUCAUGCCACUCAAUGCAAACCGUUUCGUGUUCUGGGCGCCGCCGCCACGAGCGCUGUCGCCGAUCAUGUGACUGUUAGAGACACUUGAAUAAGUUGUUGUUGUGAUUGAUCAGGUCCAACAUGAAGAACCAAUCAAAUGCCAGCGUCGCCUGAGAGGAUUUUAAAAACGAUUGAUUCCGUUUUUAAACUUAUUUAUGUUUCUUUAAUCUGUGUGACAUCACUGCUUCCUGUUCAACAGCCCAUCAGUGAUCAGUCGAUUGAUUUUAUAGUUUUUGUAAGAAAAGAGAAAAAAACGGAUUUGUAGUUUGGAGGAAAUACCUCAGCAGCUCCUCACGGCACAGUAUUGAUCACCGCAGACAGCUCAUCAAUUUAUUGAUUAGUCCAUUGAUCAGUUAAUUGAUCCUUUGGCUGAUUGGUCAAUGAGCUCCUCAGCACUUUACGUGUUUGCACUGACACCUCUGACUUUAGACUUUUUUUUUUAUCACACUGAUGAAGAGGAGCUGUUUCCUGGACUUGUCCUUCAAAAUAAAAGAAACAAAUCUGA